AUGAUCACUGUAAAAAAUUAUUGUUUAACAACCUUAGUUUUUACUCGGUUUUUUGGAUCAAAUAUAAUUAAAAGGAAAUCUUAUCUGUGUUAUCCAAAAUUAUUGAAUUUGCUUGCCUCUUGGCCUUCGGGUUCUAUAAAAAAUAUUGGUUAUUCUAAAGUGUUGUUUAAUAACUAUUCUACUGUAUCCCAUGGAUUUGUCGAUGAGUCUAAUUUGAAAUCUUUAGAAUCUACCAUUAUUUCAGAUGAAUCCUCUUUAUUGAAAAGUCCAGGUGGACCUAUCUCACGUUACAAUGCUCUUGUAGCUUCCAAAAUGGUAAGAGAAGAUUCUUUUCAGCGUAGUAUAGUCAAUACCCUACAAGAUUUAUACGAACGGUUGAUAAAUUAUGUUCCACCUCCUAUCAUGAAUGCAAGGGGUAAUAUGGAUGAUGGGUCAAUUUUUUGGCAAGGUAAAAUUAUUACAUGUUCUCUUAUUUCAAAAUUGCUUGGUUCUCCGAUUAAAAAUACUCCUAUAGCGAGUCCUAAAGGACUAUAUUUAUAUGGUGAUGUAGGGACUGGCAAGACUAUGUUGAUGGAUCUUUUCUAUGAUACACUUCUUAUCGAUCGGAAACGUCGUGUUCAUUUUCACGCUUUUAUGCUUGAUAUUCAUUCUCGAGUUCAUAAACUUAAGAAAACUUAUUCUGAAACUUAUGAUCCAGUACCACCUAUUGCUACAGAUUUAGCGAAUGAUGCCAUUGUCUUGUGCUUUGACGAGUUCCAUGUCACAGAUAUAGCGGAUGCAAUGAUUCUUCGACGUCUUGUUGAUGAAUUGUUUAAUCGCGGUGUUGUUAUGGUAACCACCUCUAACCGUCAUCCAGAUGAUUUAUACAAAAAUGGUAUUCAGCGUAAGAGUUUUAUAUCUUGUAUUGAACGGUUGAAAGAAAGAUGUCAAAUCCUAUCUCUUAAUUCCGGAACGGAUUAUCGUAAACUGGCACGUAUGGCAAAUGGUUUAUAUUUUACACCGCUAAAUGAAAAAACUUUGACUUCAAUAGAGGAUGUUUUUCACAUGUUAACGCAUGGCCGACCAGUUCAUGAAAAAACUUUGAACUUUUGGGGGAGAUCUCUCCGUGUUCCUCAGUCUUGUAAUGAUGUUGCAAAAUUCACCUUUGAACAAUUGUGUUGUCAACCUUUAAGUGCAGCUGAUUAUCUUGAACUUACUAAACAUUACACCGCUAUUAUACUUACGGAUAUACCAAGAAUGUCUUUAAAAUUGAAAAAUGAGGCUAGGAGAUUUAUUACGCUUAUUGAUGCAUUGUAUGAUACAAAGACCAUACUAGUAUGUUCGGCUGAGGUUCCUGUUAAGGAUUUGUUUACAACUGAAGAAGCUUUAGAUCCCACAUAUCAUGAAAUUUUGGACGAUUUAAACCUUGAUGAAAAUGAACAUAAGUCUAGUCCCAUAUUUACAGGCGAGGAAGAAAUUUUUGCAUUUGAAAGAGCAGUAUCAAGAUUAAUUGAAAUGCAAGGACAAGAAUGGAUAAGCAAAAUAAUAUUGAAGAUGAGAUCUGAUAAUUUAAAUUUAUCACCACGUCCAACUAUAGAGUAUAUGAGUUAA